UUUGGUUAAUUUUGUUGAUAAAACAUAUUGCUUGCGAAUUAUCAAUGACUCUAAUCACAUUUUUGUUUUUUAUAUUUACCUAUUUUCCAAACAAUUUGUAAAACUUUCUACCAUACUUUCUCCACUUUUUUGAUGUUGCAACAAUUUUAACUUUUUUUCGACGAGAGCGCCAACUGGUGACUAAUUUCUGUAACUUCAUAUUGAUAUCUCUGGCUCUAUGUUCAUGUUGUAAUUUAUUUUAGUAAUUUGUGCUACUUGCUGACAAAUCCAAUGUUUAUUAACUAUGUGUUCGUGUUUGGUUUAUUCUCGGCUUUAAGGAUUUAAAAAUCUUGUCUCCAUGUAUAUGUUAUGCGGCAAGUUACUUUCAAAACCAAUGACAUUAGAUGAACUCGAUGUGCGUUUUGGCCAUUUUACUUGGCUUGCGUUGGUGAUUCGUACAUAGUCACGUGACCAAAGUAGUUUUUGGAUCAAUGGCGCCAAAUGUCUGUUACAGAAAAUGUAUGUGAAUUAUGAGGUUUACAGGACGCGAACUGAAGUGCCAUGUAGUGAAUGAUGUGACAUUCUACACAAUGUUGUUGCCGCGUUCUAAGUGUAAAGCAGUAGAAGGAUCGUGAACAUGUAGGUUGUGGACAAUUUAGCGAGAUGUCGUUGAGAGGCACAAAGCGGGCGACUGGGAUGCGCGGUGAUGAAGCCGGCGUAUCCAAGCGCCGCAGGACGGAGCCCGAGGAUGCUCUCUGGCAGCUCCGGCCUGUUAGUGACCUCAAGAUGUCAUCAAUAUAUAACAGGAGUGCCUCUGAGGCACCCGCAGAACUAUUCAGAAAGGACCUUAUCAGCGCUAUGAAACUGCCGGACAAUGAGCCACUUACACAGUCUUCAUACUGGGUUAUUACCGACACGUGGAAGCAGGAUUGGGAGAGAGGAGUACAGGUUCCUGUCAAUCCUGACUCCCUCCCCGCGCCCAAAGUCAAGAUCAUUGACAAUCCACAACCACCAAACUUUCAAGAAUUCAAAUUGCCUAAGGACAAAUAUAUUCACCUCAGUCGAGAUGCUCACUACCAUUCAGACAAACACAUACUGAGUCAAACGCCGGCGCGAGCCGAGGCCGCUUGUAGUUAUGACUUGGAUGCGGCUGACACUGCAUGGCUCAAACUGUUGAACGCAGAGCGCGCAAGGGCAGGCGCACCGCCCGUCACAGAAGAUCAACUAGAAAAAGUCAUCGAAGAACUAGAGAUACGUAGCUGGGAUAAAAUCCAGGCUAUCGUCAAGUCUGAAGAAGGCCUCGGUAUCGAGUAUGAUGAAAAUGUCAUCUGUGAUGUUUGCCGAUCUCCCGAUUCGGAAGAUGGCAAUGAGAUGGUAUUUUGUGACUCAUGCAACAUUUGCGUGCAUCAGGCCUGCUACGGUAUCACCGUUAUUCCAGACGGUCAAUGGCUUUGUAGGCCGUGCGGAGACGGUGUCAGGCCUAGCUGUGUGCUGUGUCCCAACCUUGGCGGUGCCAUGAAAUGCACGCCAUCGGGUCACAAGUGGGCACACGUGAGCUGUGUGUUAUGGAUACCCGAGGUCUCCAUCGGCUGCGCGGAGAUUAUGGAACCUAUUACUAAGAUAUCUUCCAUUCCAGCCUCCCGCUGGUCUCUAGUUUGUGUUUUGUGUCGUAAUCGCAAAGGAGCUUGUAUUCAGUGUUCCGUAAAGACUUGUAAAACGGCAUACCAUGUUACUUGUGCAUUCAAACAUGGUUUAGAAAUGCGAGCUAUUAUUGAGGACGAAAACGCGGAUGAUGGUGUAAAAUUACGUUCCUAUUGCCAAAAGCAUAGUGUUAAUUCAAAGAAAGAAAAGUGCCCAGGUUCAGGCCAGGAGGAGGAGGAUGAGGUGAAACGAAAGCGUAGGAAAGAUAUGACGUCGGAGGAAAAGACGCAAGCUCGAGCCGCUCGCUUGCAUGAGAUUGAGAGGGAGUUCGAUAAGCACGUUAGUGUUAAGGAUAUCAGUACACAUCUCCUGGACGUCGAUCAGGACGCCAUCAAUUACAUUUACAACUAUUGGAAGUUGAAAAGACGAGCAGGGCAUAAUCGUCCCUUGCUGCCACCUAAAUCAGACGACACUGAGGUAUUAACGCACCGACAGGAACAAGCCGACAUUGACAAGCUCAAGAUGUUCGUGCAGCUCAGACAAGAUCUGGAGAGGGUCCGUAAUCUAUGCUACAUGGUGAGCAGAAGGGAGAAGCUCUCCCGCUCAUUCUUUCGGAUGAGAGAGCAAACGUUUCACAAACAAGUGGCUGUGUUGUCAGAGGCCGGCGAUAUUCCUGAACAGGAAUUAUCUGCAAUCAUUGAGGCUAAUCACGGACCUUCAAUUUAUGACAAAUUAUAUUCUCAUGAUAACGCUAAGGAUCAUAAGAAUGAUUUUGAUCAGGUAUUGGCCCGAAUCGCACCGGCAGAAUCUGGUGACGAGAAGAAGAAGGAUCGUAAUGGACUAUUAAAAGGUUCGAAGUCUUCAAAUCCGUACAAGAAACAUUACGUAAACGGGUCACGUCGCAGUGGCAGCAUGUACAGCGGGCUCUCAAGUGAGGAGAGUGGGACAGAAAUGGCACGACCUGGUAGGUUCCGAGGCAAAGCUAUCGGGUCUAGCACAGAUGAUGAAGGCAAAAAAGCUGGAGCCUCGCCAAAGAAAAAGGUGUCUCCUAAAAUUAAAGGUAAAAGAUCUCCUAAGAAAACUGAAAGGAAGAAAAAGAAAGUUCCACAAUCUAAAGCUCUCAUUGAGAGUAGCAGUGAUGAAUCUAUGAAUUCCAGACUAAAGAAGGAUCGAUCUCGCAGCAAGACGUUGCAACAAAUGGAAAAGGAGAUGACUGCUGGAAAGAUGGGUCAGUCCGGCACAGAUAGCGACGAUCUCAUGCCCAUUAGACCGACCAUGAGGAACAAUAAGUUCCCCAUUGACAUAUACUCCGAUAGUAGUGAAGACAACAAAGCUGAUAUUAUGACAGAUCAAGUUAAAACAGAGAAAAUUAGAUCUGAUAAAGAUAAACCGGAUAAACUUAAAGUUGAGAAGUCACCUAGUGGAAAUGAUUCACAGCAAUCCUUACCGAGAACAAAGGCGGCUAUGAAAGAAUUCAUACCUACUCAACCUGAAAAGAAACCUACUACUACUACUACUACUCCUGCUCCAGAAGAAAGUAAACCGGUUCAGAAAAAGAGGGGCAGGAAACCUUCUAACAAAGACAAAAAGGUACCACCUACCAAAAUAGAAUCCGAUGAUGAAGCUAAAAAUAAAGAAAAUAUUAAAUUUUCUAAACAAAAAGACCAUCCAACAGAUCUUAUUGUUCCCCAAAGGCAAGCAGCAAAGAAAGCCUCAGAAAACAUGCGGACUUCAACCACAGUGGUGAAGAAAGAUGAACAGGUUCCUGAACAACGAGACCAAAAACAAUCAAGUGGUGACGAUUUGAAACCGAAACCUUUAGUCAAACCCUCGAAGAAUAAAGGAAAAGAAAUUAAGGAUGCACAGUCUACUUCGAAAGUUAGAAAGAAGUCUAAGGAGGUCGAGAAGGAACCAAUUUCAUAUGUGCCGCAAAGACAAGCCGCUAAGAAGGCAGCUGCACAUAUUAAAAGUGGUUUGGGUACCAAAGUGCCUCCCACAGAGAAUGAUACUGACAAAAAGAAAGAUGACAAAUCGGAAAUUAAGUCACCUAAAAAAGAAAAAGAUGAGACUAAAAGUUCCAAACCCACUCAGAAGGAAAGUUCUAGUUCUUCUUCCAAUUCUAGCAGCAGCAGUUAUUCGUCCUCAUCUAGUUCCGAGGAUGAACCAGAAAAACCCAGUAUUAAACCGACAGCCAAAGCGCGCGAGAUUAAACCGGCCAAUACGACACGGCAGCCGUCAAUGUUCUCGCCACCCGGCACUAGACCUACAGUGGACUUGCCCUUUCUCGACAGGGUGUCAAGACCGCUGUCUUCGACUAGUGCCUCGAGUGAUUCUGACAGCACUAAGGCGUCAGACGGGUCCCGAUCUGGAAGCCCAUAUCCUAAGAGGCCAAGACGAAGGCGUAAAGUUAAAAGUGUGUCCAAUGAUGCGUCCCCACGCAAGGCGCCGCCAGAUAAGAAGCUUAAAACUUCCGAACGGCGGUCCGAGUGUAGGGUACCAUCACCGACUCCUGAAGGAGAGGAACUUAGCCGACCCAGUGAUGCGCGCUCUGCCACACGUGCUCGGACCAGAAGCACUACUUCAGUCGGAAAUAUGCCUAAUAAGUCUGAUGCCCGAUCUAGAAAACCAUCCAAAGACGACGCCCUUACCGCUGGACCCAAUAAAACCCCCAAAGAGAGCAGCCAGUCCAGUGAACUUCCAUCUGAGGAACGGAAAGAGGACGAGGCGGUAAAGAUCAAGGAAGAUGUAAAGGAGGAUAUAAAGGAAGAGCAUACUGUUGAUGUUCCUAAAAAUAACGUUAAGAGUAAGACUAACAAACUCAAACGACGUAGCGAAUCUAAUGAUGAUAAAGACAAAAUCAAUAAGACUAUUGAAGUUGAAGUUCCACCACUGCAUAAAGUAAGCCCGAAAAAGAGUGCCGAGCCUAAACAAAAGUCGUCCAUAAGCAGACGAAUGAGUGUCAAAGAAACUGCGUCAAAAGAUCGGGUACCAAGCAAUGAUGUUCGCGAACCAGCUAAGAAAGAUCGAAGGCUCAGUGUAGCUCAUAACAUUGCUGAGUCAGAGCGGACCUCAGGGUCCCCUAAAAAGAAGACUAGCCAAUCGAAAAUAGAAAUAGAGAUACUGCCUAUAGAGACGAUUGAUAGUAAAAAUCCUCUACACCUUAAUACUGACUAUGACAAUGACGAUAAACAUUGGCUGCCCAAGGCUCCGAGUCCAAAUGCCAUUCCACCACAGGUAGAAAAGCCUGGAGGAAAUGAAAAGUAUAUUGAUGACAAAUCUAUGGAUUCUGAUUUUGCCGAUAAGAGUAGCGUCAAAAUGAUAGCUAAAAUUCAAGCUAAUCUUAAUGAGAAUACUAUGAUCAAGUCACCUAAGACGCCGAUGGAUGCGAGAACAAUAAGUAUUGAACACAUUGAUACAGUUGAAAGCGUCGCACGGAACAUGAGGAAACAUUCAGCCGAAAAGAAGUUCAUUACGCAAGAUACCAGCCACGUGCAAGGUGUUGAAAUAUCUAAGAGCGCUAAGAUACCUUCCACUGCGAACCCCUAUCCGAAUAGGUCUAUGUUCUCGCCGCAAUCAAAAGAGAGUGAAUUCUUAGAUUUUGGUAUGAUGGCUGUCGAUGAUGGAUUUAACCACGACGAUAUCAUAAAACCUUUUGCAACUUAUCCUGAAUUCUUUUUCAAAGAAGAUUCCAAGCAAGGAGUGCAGGAAACUCUUAACUUGGUGGAUCGUCUUAGAAUUAGACUGAGCACGAAGAAAGUGCCGCCUGAGAACCCUGAUCAAGAGGAGCCUAUAGUGGUGACUGAUGAAAAUGAGCAUAAAGAUAACGACAUCGCUUGCAAUCUGGUAAAAGCUGAUGACGAGAAGAAUAGUUCGCCUUCUAAGAAACUCAUUGCUGAAAGACCAGUGGAACACUCACCACCCAAAGAAUUGACACAUCACAAUGUUAACCAUGUCUCCUCACGUAUUUCUUCAUCUAUUGAAAGAGAUUUACCUUCGGGAGAUGCUGCUAUGGAUGCUAAAGAAUUCCAACCUCUUGCCAUGACAAGCAACGAGAAAUGGUCUAGCGUGCCACUAUCUGUCUCACAAUUAGACUCACAAGACAGCCAGUCUGCCAAUGAUCGCAAAUAUGACAAUUCUAACCCAUACGAUGACGUCAAGGAGCCUAUAAACAUGCAGUCUGAUGUACAGUCUGUUACAGAAGAAACAGCUGACAAUAUGUCUGUAUCUAAACAAAGCGAUGAUUCGCAACCUUUGUCUGUCGUUGACCAUUCUGUACAUAGCAACGACGUGGAGCUACCUCACGAUAAUCAGAACUAUGACAAUAAUGAGAUGAUACACUCGGACUGCGCUACUAUAUCAUCGCCGCAGUACGUGAGCCAAGAGAAAUGGCGUGAAAGCAAGAUAACUACGAGACGAUCGUCGGCCUCCAGCACUAAUUCCGAAGCUUCUAUACACUCUCAUAAAAACACUUUGAAAUCACGAUUGACCGUAAGUGAUCUACGUUCAGGUAAUGUAAUUCCUGAAAUAGAUACGUAUCCACCUAUCCCGGCGUACUCGAGGCCUGUCGAGCCUUCAAUGCCACUGAAUCAGUACACGACGUAUCCUGCUGAAGCCUCUCCAUUCCUGAGUUCUUUGCCUCUGUUUGCCGGCACAUCGGCGCUGCCCCUACCGUCUCCCGGGCCCGGCCUCUACAGUGCCAUCCCAUACACGUCCACGCCACCGUUACCUCUCAAACCUGCCUUCUACAGUGCUGCCUUUACAUCUUCCUCACAGAAUAUUGCACUAACUACAGCUAUGAUUGCUCCACCGACACCAAAGCCGUUAGAUUCACCGCGGGACGACAUCGAUGUGACUGGAAGUGAUAAGUUUAUACACGUUGUAUCCAGUCCAAGUAUUAGCGUUGAUUCCUAUGAUACUAAUAGCACUAGAACUGGAACUAAGAUGUCAAAUGACAAUAGCAACGAAACCAUGACAACUCUCAUUCCACCGGAUUCCAGAUCCCCACCAAAAUUAAGCAAAGUUACUAAGUUUCCGAGCAAGUCACCGGGGAAAAGCCCGGGUAUAUCGCCUAAACAGAGUGAUGUACCGAAAGGUACCAAGCGUCCCAGCAACCGCAGCAACAGAAGUCAAAGAGGGCGUGGCCGCUCUAAGAGUCGGGGGCAAGGAUUCCCCGUUGACUACAUGGGCAACUCUAUUCAAAGCAAAUUGGUUGGCACUGUUUACGACUUUGAUGAAGAAAUCGCCAACGAUGGUGUUGAUCUAAAAGCGCUUCGCGAUAAACGAAAAUCUAUUGAUCUUCGAGAUGAUAGAAAAUCUGAACAUCAAUAUAAGGACACAUCACAAUCACCUCGCGUCUUAACUCCUCCGCCAAGUAAAAAACCUCCGACGUCUGAUAGUAAACCGCCUCAUUCUCCUGAGCCUGUAGAUGCCAACUCGUCUCCCACGUGCUCUGAGCGCGGGGCAGGGUUCUCACAAGUAGCGCCGGUCUUACCCGGGCCUGUUGAUAUGCGCACGUAUCAACCUUUUGAAAAUCCUGCGCCUGCGACAGAAAACGCGUACCACUUGUUGGCAUUUGCCAGCGGCACUGCUGAACAGCAAUUGCCUGAAAUUGACGAAGAGGUCGAAAAGCAAUUGCAUUCCGAAUUAAUGGCAAGUAAUCCCCAGACCGGUUCACCGAGUCGUCAACCGCCUGAACCUAUAGUUCUUCCUAAAGAAACUUUUGUUCCACAGCUACCGAAGGUCUCAUUAUCGGACUCCAGAAACCAAUUGAAGGUGAAAAUCAAGGGACCAUUUUUGGAUGCGAAUUAUUCAGCGAGCUGUUCGCAGCCGGUGGCACCACCGCCGCCCGCGCCCAUAAAUGAUCCAAGCACGAGUAUGAACAACACACCCAACGCCGCGGCCGUCGCGGCGGCUUCCAACAUCAUGUCCGGGUCCACUAACCUGCGACGCAUGCGCAAGAAGGAGUUGCUGCGUCAGUACUGGACCCAGGAUAUGAACAUGGACGAACCAUCCAAUAACGUGUCCGUCGGCCCAGUACCACCACCUGCUGUUCAACCACAAAUAAACCGAACAGUCAUUACCAUUCCUAAAGCUGUCGCAUCUAUGACUAGUAUUCCAACUCGAGAGGACUAUAAGAAUGACAGCCCAGUGGAAAAGAAGACUAAACGUAAAACUACGAGCGGUCUGUCGAGAGAAUUGAGACACCUGGAAGUGAGCAUGAAUGAUGAUAUUGACCCAUCAGACGAUGUAAAACUAUCCACAAUAGCCGGCUCGUCAGGUCCACCUGCACACAAGCGUCGUGCACGCGCGUCAGCUAGCAAACCAACGCGACCGGUCGCUCCUGCUGAACCAGUUGCGCCGAAACUGAAGAUUAAGAUUGGCUCCAACACUGUACAACAGGUUCCAGCUUCUAACACUGUAACUAGUGAGGAGCCAGGAGGCUCCACUAUCUAUCGCCCUCCCAAAAAGCGACACUUGGCUCACAAACCUAGCCUGGAAGACCUUAAACGCGAAAGUAUGAAGUAUCGUAAAAUGGUAAUGGCUGAUUUUGAAGAAGAUGAAAAAACUGCUAAAACCAAGCCGAAAAGUGAUAAAAGUGAGAAACGUAAAAGGAAAAAGGACAAAAAAGUGGAAAAACUGCAAGUGGUAAACAGUGAAAGUGAUAGUGCAAAGUUGGUAAUAAAAAUAAAGCGUGCCAAGGAGGAGGAGGCAGACGGAGCUCGCGCGGUUUCGCAGUCGACGAGCGCGGCGUCUGAAGGCGCGGCGCCUGAGCCCGCCAUCGACCCGUUCGAGUACGAUCCGUCGGCGCCCGACCCGCUCGCCAUCGACCCGCCCUCCUACUCCGAGGCCACGUCUGCCAUGCGCAAGGUGCGCACGGACAAAGUGACGCCAAUCCGGUUAAAACUGGCGCGCAGCUCCGAGGGCUCUGGUUACGUGAUGAAGGAGCCGGUGGAGGGCGCGGACUCGCGGUCCGCGCUGCCCGUCAACAACAAUAAACAUUGUGAAGUGAGGUGAUAUAAGCCGCGCGCUGCCCGCAGUGUCAAGCGUAACAAGGACAAACAUAAGGACAAAAAACAUCGUAAGACCGUACAUUUUAAGCUUAAGAGUAAAAAACGUGGAAGAAAGGCUAAAAAUAAAAAGAAGUAAGGGCAAGGACUAAGUGAACUAUGUUACAAUAGAACAAGUAUAAAAUCUCCUGUAUAGUUAAACUAAAUACUGAUAUUGUCUGUAUAUUUUUACAACAGUUUUAUCUCUAUCAUGGUGUAGUUUAUUAUUACAUAUUAUUAUAUUAUUUAUUUGUAUAAACGGAAAGCUCAAUGAUUAACUUAAAGUUAUUCUAAGGUAUAUAAUAUUGUGCAUCAUGCUGUGCACAAGUAAAUCUUAUUAUAGUAUAGCAUAUAUAUUUUUGUUAAUGUUACUGUUUUACUUUGUGCCUCAUAUGGAAUCUCAUUAAUUUUCAUGAAUUAAUUGUGUAAUUUUUGAAAAUAAGUUAUGUAUUUAAUUAUGAACAUUUCACCAUCAUCACAUACAUUCAUUAGCGUAUCCAUAGCAUCUACACAAUCAAAACACAACAAUCAAUAUGUAUACCCAUAUUUCAGUAUUCCGGUUCUAGUGCAGUGAACUUCAUUGCGCUUCUCUGCCUGAGAGUCAAUACUGUAGGAGUACUUGCCAGGUUGUAGGUACAUUUUGGAGCCAGACUUCUUCCAAUGUACAGAGAGAAACGAUUCUCAAGCGACUGAAUCGUUGUUAAACAAAGUUGUUAGUAGACACAAUUAUGGCCAAAAUUACACGAAACUAAUCAAAUCAUGGUUCACAUUUAACCAAAGAUUGACUACAAAUGUUACUGCGCAAAUAUGGGCAUUAAUUCUGAUAAACUAUACAUUUCUCAUGAUUCUUCCAACACUCUAAGGAACUUACCGAACUCAAACUACAACAUACCACCUGGAUACAUUGAUUUCUGUUCUGCUGAUUUUACGAGUAGUCACAAACCUUAGGCAGUAAAAAGUACAAGUAAAAUAUGAAAUAAAAAUAACCUGAGAGUAAAAUAAGCAGAACGGGGACAAGUAAGUAAAUGAGAGUUGUGUGCCAUGAAAAUGACAAUAUCUGUGUAACGUUCUAUCGCCAUCUGUUCUUAUUGAUGUAAAAUAAUAUUGUACACAAAUCUAAGAUGAGCUAAUCAAGUCAAAUGUUAUAAUUUACUGACGGUGGCCCGUCACAUCGACCACGCAUUCACCACGCUACAACAGUUUAUCGUAGUAUUCAGAAACCGUUUAUAAACCUAUUUAACUACUGUACUGUCUUCAUCUUCGUCAUUCAAAGUCAAUUACUAAGAUUUUACCUUAGUAAAACAGGUUUAUACAUAGUAUACAAAAUUGUUAUUUUUUGUUCAAAUAAAUGUACUUAUAGAAUCAAUUUAUGAACGCAUAUUUCGUAGACAAUUAUAGUUGUGCUUGUCUUUGCGCAUUUUCUAGGUGUUAAUUGUUGUUGGUAAGAAAAAGUGCAAUCGAAAAGGCAACAUUUUGAAGAGCUGUUCACUGACAUGGUGUAAUGCAGUGUUCCAUGAUCGCUUGGUCGAAUGUAACGGGACGCCUUUCAACAAUAUAGCUUAUUGCCUGUUAUCCAUAUUCACGUUUAGAACUAUUCAUAAAUAUAUAUAAGGUAUGAUUUUGACCUGAAACGAACUGAUUGAAAUAUUUAUUUGAGUAAUACAUAUUUAACAUACGCUCUAUAAUGCUGGUCAUAUCUAUGGUCGUCAUUAGUGCUGAAAUAUCUAUUUUUGUACGUUACUACUUGGGACCUAUUUACAGACAAAAUCGCUUUCACAAAAAAUUAAGCCACGAUAAGAGCUUGAAAUAAUAAAAUAGGAUUAGUAAUGACGCCAUGGAGUCGUUACAUAGCGUAUGGUAAACGUGUAGGUGAUUAAUUGUGACGUGAACGCAAUAAUUAUGAUUUUGUUUGUUUGUGCAAUAUUCGGCAAUACUCAUCGUAUAGUCAAAGAUUGAUUGACCGUAGAUAUGGAGUGUUAGUUUUAAGUGCAUGUCCGUUAUUCAUAAGUAUCACAGUUUCGUUCCCAUUGUAAAUACAUGAUAUAUAAUAAAGUUCUAAGGCCUUGCCCAGACAUGCGAUUGAAUCGACCGAAACAAUUUAAUUAAAGUUGAAUGUGUUCAGUCUACGCAAGGAGGUUGUGUUGAAUGUAUAUAGUGAAGAUUUUACGAUACAGUUUGUUUUGUUAUGGAUUGUUUUCAUUGAUUUCAACGUCUGAUUUUCAGUACUACUUGUCUAUUGACUAUUCGGAAUUCAGGAAUAUUCGGACAUUUCUAUUGAAAUUGAUUAUCGCGCGUAAGCAGUAUAUCUAGACAAGGCCUUGGCAGGAGAUGAGUAAUUAGGGCCUCCCCACAUAGUAAUAUGACGACGUGUAUGUAAAGCGACAGUUAGGCCACAAGGCCGCGGCCUAUCAAUGAGCUUAGUAUAAAUUAAAAUAAUUAAUAUCAAAUUUUCGUAAUAAUAAAUUAUAUAAGCUUAGUACCAAUCUGAAAUUAUGUCGCAAAUUGUACAGGACAACAUAAUAAUCGUAAAACAAAUUAGAAUUGUUUCAAGACUCAUUCGCGACAUAGUAAUGUUUAGUGCAGGAGAGAAAUUGAUUCUUAUCGGGGAACGUUAUCACAUGACCGAAUUAGGUUGUAGGCUGUGCUUAGUUUCGCUUUAUUAUUUAUUAAAAAACAUCCGUUGAAUAGCCGUCUCUAAAACGAUCAUCCUUCAAAUCAUGUGCACUUGUUUAUUAUUCUUAUUGUUUUUUAUACUUUUAUAUUUUUAGUAUGAGUCUAAAAUGUUUAUUUAUUACAAAGAUAAUAACACGUAAUUUAACGAAGUUACUAACACUUUCAGUGGUUGCAUUUAAAUAUAAUAAUAACAAACGAAUGGUGCCUGUAUUAUAUGACACGGACGAAAGAAUAAACCAAUCGGAGCAUUGAAAUUCAAUGAUUAAAUAAUCCUUAUUAUUUUUCUAAAGAACCCCAAUCUUCCAUAACUAACGAAUUAUGUAGCAAAGAAAUCGAUAGGAUUUAUAUUGAUUGUAAUAAAUACCAACCAGAAAAAACCCAAUGACUAAAUUAAACCAAAAAUGUUAUCGCGCUUUCUAUUCUAAUGUCUUCGAAUUCUGAUUCAAGUAAUCACAAUAUUUAGCUAACGUAUUUGUAAAUAUGCUGUUUUGUCUUAGUUAAAACGUUGAACGCUCUUCAGGAGCCUAGGUGACAUGAGAUUUAAUUUAAUACGAAAGUAUGUACUAACUAAAUGUAAAUAAUAAUUACACACCUUAAUUGUAGCUUACGUACUUUCCAGAACGGAAGAUUUUAAUAUCGGUAAUAAGCAAAUAUAAAAGUAAUAUUGCUUAGUUAUUUGUGUCUAUGUAAUCAUAACUUUAUCCAUAAUAUAAACAAAGUUACCAUACUAUUAAACUAUUUAUAUUUGUAAAUAAUCAGGUUGCACCUAUUUUCGUGGUCAGCAAUUAUUUUCUUUAACGUAAUCGAAAGCAAUCAAUAUAUAAAAAGUAAGGUAACAUAAUUUAUUUUGAUAUACUGAUAUUUUUUCACGCAGUCUCCAUUGUUAAAUGUAUGUACAUAGCAGUCACGGUAAUUGGUAUAAUACAUAAUAGUAAGACGACCAUGCAUAGUAAUGUUACAGUAGAGAAUAUUCUUCCUGCGGACCUGUAAGUCCUUUGAUGAUAAAAAUAUGUUUGACGAUCCUCCAUUACAUUUAUGUACAUAGCUGUCUCCCACACAACAAUCAAUACAAUGUAUAUAAACAUACUUCCUGCAAUCUCUAAAGGCUACCUGACUUGCUUCCAUUUUCCAUUACCUUCUCUUCGCAAAACAUGUUCGGGAGUAAUUCGUAUAUCUGUGUAACACAGUAUUUUAAACUAUUCUAGGAGUUUCCUUCCAUAUUGAUUAGUCUUCAUAGAACCGUAGCACUUUAGACACAAUACAUUAAAACGAAGCUUGUAAACUAUGACACGAAUGAAUUUACUCUUCUAAGGAACGUUUAUUGAAUUAAUUUUAAUCAGUAGUUUCUGUAUUACAACAAGAAAAUAAUACAUAAACAUGAUACGUUCUGAGAUGAAUUUAGAACAAGAGUCAAUAUACAAAUUGAAUCAGAGAAACGUCGUUUUAUUGAUUUUUAGUUGAACUGCAGCAAUUUGAAAGUCAUUGUGUCUACCAAAACCUUCUCAUCAUUUCAAUGGGCAAACUCCGGAUUAAUCAGGGUGGAGUUCUCGUAUUGGUCAAGGCACUUUUAAGUCUCAAUAUUUAUGUACCCAUGUAGGUUUAGGUAUUUUGUAUAAUAAUUAUAAACUUUGGAAUCGUAUUUAUUCUUAGACUAGAAGAAUAACGUUAGAGUAACACGCUCGCGCCCGCGCCGUGCUCACGUAUAUACAUUUUAAAUUAAUCAAUAUCUGGCGGAGUUGCCUGGGCAGACAUUAAAGUUCAAUACCAAACCUACUUCAAUCGUUAACUUUUAUAAGCAAUCUUGGAAUAAUUAUAAAUAUCACCACUUCCGAAAGCUUAUUUAAUAUUCCUGUACAUUACGGAAUUUGCCCCCUUUCCCUCUACUUUAUUUGAAGCAAACCCUCUUAGCAGUACGGCGCACUCACAUUGUCUAUUUUAAAACAAUUAGUCUAAAACCCCGUGUAGAGCUUAAUAAACCAAUUUUAGUAUUUUCGACGGAUUUUGAACUGUUUUACACAGUAGACAAUGUGUGUGCUAAUGAACUUUCAAUAAAACACUUGACAAAUUAAAUGGCAAAUUAAAAAUUUAACGACAACUAUAAUAGGUGAUAUGUCGGCACCAUUCUUAUGAAAUAUGAAUAACUAGGUUAAAUUAUAUAGUCUAUCAGAUAUAAUAUUAUGAGCAUACGAACAACCAAUCAUGUUGAAACAAAUCAUAUGAUCGAUUUUCUUUUCAAUUAAAUGAAUGGUAAGCAUUACCUAUGUACUGCUUACCCCAGUACGAAUCAAACAAUGGCACCUAUUACGCCUGGAUUAUCCGGUCAAAACUCCACAAAGACAUCUUCUCUUCGCAAAAUCACGUUCCAUUCGUCUUCCUCAUAGUAUCGCUUUUUAACAGCGCUGAGCGCUUAUUCUUGUAUUACAUUUCUCUAAAACAGCGAAAAAGUGCAUAUAUUAUGUAGAAAUAAAACGACGGGACAUAGAUGCAUAUAUAUUUAUCUGACAACCGAAAUUUGGACAUUACUUCUCAUUUCCAAAUCUUGUAUCUUUUUGUUGUUCUGAAAUUUGCACCUUUUAUUUGUCUCUAGUGUUGCACGUACAAACUCGUACGCACAAAUGUUAAUACGAGUACCAACAUCACAUUUUCAAUAAUUUUGUGUCGAUCAUUACCUUGUUACUGUGAUUUGUUUUAAUUUAUAUAAUAAAAUCGAUUAGAAUUUUUUUAGUUAUAAUUUUUGUAUUUUGAGAUUCCAACUGCAGGGAAUAAAAAACACAUGAUAAUGUACAUAUAUUUUAUGUUUAAAUUUCCUCUGUUGAUAAAUAUUUUUUUAAUAUAAGUAAUUGUAUGUAAUUUUUAAAUAAUUUGUCGAUAGUGAAUAACAAUGAAUAACGAAUGUAUUUUUUUCCUAUUUUAGAAACGUUAUUAUUGGUACGCUGUAAGCGCAUUUUAUAAUGAGUAUUUUUUAGUUUAUCGAGUAAAUAGUGAAGUGUUGUAUGGAAUUGUAAUUUGCAAUGUAUAAUUGUAUAUUGUAAUAUGGUAAGGAUGCGUGUUAUUGAGAUGUUUAUGUAUUAUUUACAUGUAUGAUAUGUACGUGACGGGCGAUGUAGUGAACUUACAUAGAGCGAGGACGCUGCCACCCUCUGAUAGGUUGACGUUGCAACAGUUGCAACGUGUGUAGCGGCAGAGCGUAGGUAGGCGAGUUGGACGUCCGCCGUCUGCUGGUCUGCACGGGCGAGACUAUUGUGUUAGCCAUGGCUGAGCGUCGCGCACCAGUCAUUAGCUUAUAGAAAAAAUUCGAUACAUAUAUUAACUAUAUUAUUUAUAUUGUAGACUAUAUAAUCAGUUAAGUAUUAGAUGUAAGAGAUUAAAUUUAAUUCUUAUACCAUUAUCCGUAUAAGUAUUAUGAUCAACAACUUUUCCAUUGUUUUAAAUUAAUGUUGUUAGUAUAAAUAAUGUAAGAUUAAGAUUAAACUUGUACAAACUACUUAUGUACAGUGUGUAAAUUAAGAUGAUGAUGCUAAUAACGGCGGCUACGCCACGCCGAGAGAGGAAUAGAUGUAUCGUGGGUUUUGUAAAUAGUGUACAAGUAUAGUUAUUGUAAUAUAACAAGUGUUUUCAAUGUGCACAUAGUCGCCUCAUUCAUUAAUAAAUUUUUUAGA